AUGGACACCGCCGCCGCCUCAUGGCGCCUCCUCUCCCCGGCCUCCUCCUCCCUGCCUCCCUGCCCGCAGAAGCUACCCAAGCGGCAAGCGACCUUCGCGGCCUCGCCACUACAGGCGCAGCAGUCGGCCAGCUCCAGCGCCAAGUUCAGGCUCCUCUGCCUCCUCCAUGACAAGUCAGCGGCGCCGACGACGUCGGUGCAGCAGAGCUCGUCGCAGCUGCAGAGGCUGGCGGCGGUGUUGCAGUGCGGCGCCGUCUGGGCAGCUGUUGAGGCACCGGCGGCGCUGGCGACGGUGACCGGGGAGGAGGACCUCGACCUCCUAGGGAUCCUGCCGCCGAUCGCGGCGUUCGCCGUCUUCUACUUAUUCGUCGCCCCUCCGCUGCUCAUGAACUGGAUGAGGCUGAGGUGGUACAAGCGCGAAUUCGUGGAGACGUACCUGCAGUUCAUGUUCACCUACCUCUUCUUCCCAGGGUGA